AUGUCUGACGAGCAAGUGCCUCCAACCGUUGAAAGUAACGACGUAGAAGAACCAUUCGAUCUUGUUCGUCUAUCUCUUGACGAACGAAUAUACGUCAAGUUACGUGGUGAUAGAGAACUCCGGGGCAAAUUGCAUGCAUAUGACAGUCACCUUAACAUGGUUCUUGGUGAUGUUGAAGAGACUAUUACAGUAGUUGAAAUGGAUGAGGAGACGUAUGAGGAAGCUGUUAGGACUGUAAAAAGGCAAAUGGAGAUGCUCUUUGUGAGGGGAGACGGUAUUAUAUUGGUAUCACCUCCCUCAAGAACUGGAGACGAAUAA